AUGUCCACCAAGCAGGAAGAGGUGUCUGCUCCAGAUUCAGGCACCCCGUCUCCAGAGCAGAGGGUGAUAACCGUCAUCAAAGCGGAGAAGCAGGCGUCGUCUGGGAUUCAGCCGGUGGAGACUUCCAGCAGAGUGGGGGGCCUCCCUCGAGUGACUCAGGUGGGGACCAUUGGGGAGUAUCUAAAAAAGCCUGCUCCCCAGGUGAAGCAGGAACCGGAGAAGGGGCUGUCAGAGCGCUGGGAGGCUCAGUGGCAGGCGUUCCUGCACACCAUGCAGUCCUCGCAUACUGGGUGGGGAAACCUGGAGCUGUCGGAGGCUGCGCGGCAUGACGAUGCUCCUGACUUCGGUUUCUCUGUGGAGGGAGAGGGCAGCCCAGCAGCCAAAGAGCACGGGACCAAGCAGUCGUCCCAGCUUGCUGGGAAGAAUCCAGAGGCCUGUGGCCCGGAGGGUGAUGGAAACAGCAGGAACCUUGAGAAAGAAAGAGAAGAGACUCUGAAGGCAGAGGCGAGGAGCGCGGAGGUGCAGCGCCAGCUCUUUCGCCGGUUCUGCUACCAGGAAGCCGAGGGCCCACGAGAGGCCUUUUGCCGACUGUGGUACCUUUGCCAUCAGUGGCUGAAGCCGGAGAAGCACACCAAAGAGCAGAUCCUGGACCUGCUGAUCCUGGAGCACUUCCUGACCAUCCUGCCUCCCGAAAUGCAGAGCUGGGUGAAGAGGAGCCACCCUCAGACUUGCUCCCAGGCAGUCACCCUGGCAGAGGAUUUCCUGCUGAAGCAGCAGGAGAACAAGAGGCAGACACAGACGGUCCUGUUCCAAGUGGUGACGGUGAAUUUCCCAGUUGGGGAGGAGGAACCUUCUAAAAACCUCCCCGGGCACCCAGACAAGGAGGCUAGUGCAGAAAGAAAAGGACACGUUACUCACCCUCUGGCAGCUGGUGACGCCUGGAGCUGGAAGCCCUGGGGAAGAAGCUCUCAUCAGGAUUUAGUGACCGAGUUUGCCAGUCAGGACUUGGAGGCCAAACCCACCAACAGCCGGCAGGGCAGACCUGCAGCUCAGGGACCUGGGUUCACGCAUCCCUCAGAGCCCCCGAGGGCCCGGAAGGCAAAAAGCCGGAAGAUUUGCAACGUCUGCGGGAAGAGUUUCAGCUACAACUCAAACCUGAAGCGUCACUGGAGGACUCACACGGGGGAGAAGCCGUACGGCUGCUCGUACUGCGGGGAACGCUUCAACCAGGCCACGAACCUCAUCCGGCACCAGAGGAUCCACACGGGAGAGAAGCCCUACAAAUGCUCAGAUUGCGGGAAGAGUUUCAACCAGAGCCUGCAACUCAUUCGGCACCGAAAAACCGGCUUCAACUGCAACUGAAGCAGGCGGCGGGGAGAUGGGCUUGCGGUGGGCCUGUGUGUCCCAGCAAGCACCAGAGGAAUGC